AUCUUUUUACCUUGCUAAUCCGCGAUAAAAGAUUUUCUCACGCUGCUGUCUAUUUUUUUCUCGGAAGCCAACCUGUACCUCAACUUUCCUUCCUACUUCCAUUCACCAAUCUCACCACAACUUCUUCUUGCUAUCGUCAACAAAUCUUUUUUUUGUAGACGCGAAGCUCCAGAAAACUUACCUGACGAAAUCCGUCAACAAAAAAACCCGUGCAACAUACCGACGGAAAAUCUACUCGCGCUAUUAGCGAUAUCUAAGACCGAACAAAAUGUCCUUUCCUGUUCAGCAGCCGGACGUCCAGUCGGACCCAUCUUUUGAUGGCCGUAUCAUCAGCACCACCAAUGCCAAUCCCGAAGAAGCGAGUAUCUCCUUUUCCGCAGAGCCCGUGUAGGUUACCAAGGCUCUGCGAAAAGGACGCACUCCUCUUCCGUGGAAGGUGCACCCCAAUGGUCACAUCAUGAAGCUACCUCAUCUCCUCCACCAGCACACAGACGAGCACAACAGCCCACUUAUGCUCUCUCGCGGAACGUCUGUGAUCUCAUCUACGCAUCAGCAACUGUCCCAGAGAUCGCCAUCCCCAGCACCGGCACCGGCACCGCCGACAACUGAAGAGCUGCACACCACCGCCGACCGUCAAUGCAGCCUACAUCGCUGUCCCAUUUGCUCCAAGUCUUUCAAGACGAUCACCAUACUUCGAAAGCACAAGUUGACUGUGCAUAUUGGAACACGAUGCCGUUGGGGCGACUGUAAUGAGCAAUUUGGCAACGAGACUCAGCUUUUCAAGCAUAUUCGAACACACCAGAGAUAUGGAGCAGUUGGUGACGCUUCCGAUCAAUUCUUAUGCCAUUGGCCUGAUUGCAGCCGAGAGUUCCGAGAUGAUGCUGAACUAUCACGUCAUCUCAAGAUUCACAAUAGCACAGCCUAAGGAAGGCCAACCCUGAGACCUGGACCCAAAUGUGUCCGCGGAGGAAUAAUGGUUUAUGAGGAAUCCUCACUAUUUGCUCGGCUGCCCGUCGGCAGCUCUUUGUCUGGGAUAUUGAUGGCGUUAGGGUAGUAAUCAUGAGUCCUUUUCUCUUUCCCUGGGCACCAACCUUGUUUUCUUCUUAAGGCUGUGAUGGAUAAAUCUACCGACCAAGAUAAAUGUGC